AGCGGCGUCCGAAGACAGCAUGCACUGCCCAAAACAUGGCAAAAAAGGCGGAUGUAUGCUCACGUCAACAAAGCCGCUCACCCCUACCGCAGAGUAGUGCCACUCAAAACACGACAGCUGGGUGCCUGCCUGCCCGCCCCAGAGGCUCGGCCGGUCUGCUCACUCAUCUGUCUGUCUGUCUGUCUGUUGUCUGUCUGUCUACACACUAGCUGGCUAUUCACACACUGGCAACUGUCUCCCUCCUCACCCCAUGCCCUCAAAGCCCUCCUCCUCGGCAGCAUCACCUACCGGCCGCAUCUCCAUCUCCACGGUCAACUGGGGCUGGCGUGGCCGCUGUGCGUACCGGCGAUUCGAUGAUUCCUCCUCAUCGAAUCGCUCGUAAGCCAGUCGCGUCACCUCCAUGCCAUACUCGGGCAUGUCCCCACGCACACGGCCCUGGCGGAACAGCGAAUCGAGUUGGCUCUUGAUUUGGUCAGCGUCGCCAGGGGCGGUGAAGAUGUCGGCUCGCUCGCUCAGUUUGAGGGUGGCGUGCUCGGGCCGCAGCUCGUGGACAAGGCGGAAGAGGUCCCGCAGCAGCUCGGGGACGCUCCCUGCUGUCGGGUUGUAGAUGUCCUGGUCGCCCAUGGGGUGGUCGAUGGGGCUGAUCUGCAUGCUGAGGUCUUGCACCGCGGGGUACUGUCGGGGGGUGUGGGGGGAGGGGAAGGCGACCGGGGCGGCCGCCUUGGUGCGAGGUCGGCUGAAGGACAGCGGUUUAGCACGCCGAAUCGCCAACUUCUGCGACCCAAGUGAGAAGGACUCAUUCCUGAGAGGGAUGUGCCAUUCGUAUGUGCGUGUGUACCUUGAGUGGCUUUGCUUUGAUGCCUUGCCCGAUGUACGCGAGCACCUCUGAGGCCAUUACGCCUCCCCCAGUCGACCACCUCAAGUGCACGUGUGUGAGUGCAGGGAGGGAUGAGAGGAGGCGGGAGAGUCGGUUGGGCGUGGGGGGCGGGAUCAGGUACUCCAGGUCGCAUGUCGAGACACCUUUCGGGCCACCAAAGUCAAUCAGGUGGAGCUCCGUCACGCUACUGAACACAAGAACCCAUCCACACACACACACACACACACACACAGAGAGAGAGAGAGGAAAUGACGCAAGCGCCUGAGUCCCCCGUGUUGUUCGUCUUACUCACCUAAGUGACUUGAGGGUGGUCUCCUCGGUCAGCCACGGGGGAAUGCAAUCGAAGCACUCAGCAUCGACAUCGGGUCCGGCGGUGGUCAGUUGAAUGUUCAAUCUCGUGGCGCUAUCGAAGCGGAUGCCGCUGAAAUACGGGCUGGUGGGAGAGGGCGACUCGAUCCAGCAUCCUUCCAGCAUCACACCGUCGCCCCCUUUCGCGUGCCGCUUGAAGGUCUCCACCAGCUUGAGGGUCUCGGCGGUCGGCGGGCCCUCGGUCAUCGCGCCGCUGCAAUCUAUGGAUGUCGUGCCUCCCUCCCUCACCACCUCCCAGCCCAUCUCCUCUGCCGCCUGAAUCGCCUCCACCGAGCCAGUGGACCACUUGUCUAGGUUGACCAGGUCACGGACGAUCUCAAGUGGGCAGGUGACCUUGAGCUGGCGCUUCCUGGCGGCUCCCGACGGGGAGGGGGAGGGUGGAGGGGCCGCACUUGCGCUGCUGGACGAGGCCGCCACACUGCCGCCGCUGUGGGGCGUCAGCUGGCGCAGCAAUGUCACCACCAUGCUGGUCUCCAUGUUGCGUACCACCGUGUUGUGGCUCCCCAACAGCUUGAGGUGGCCGACGUGGUGCAGGUUCCUGAGCGAUGAGAGGGCAGCGGUGGUGAGGGGCACCACAGAGCUCUGGUCGUCGAGGACGCUGCCCUCCCAAGCAGGGCAGUACAGGAGCGGGAAGAUGUCCAGGUGGCUGAGGGCGGGGGACGAUUCGAGCAUGAACGCCAAACUGCCAUCAAAUUUGGGAGGCGUUGAUGCCCACUCGCCCACGUCCUCGGAGAGCAUCGCUGCGGCGCGCUCUGCCUCGUACCCAGAGAGGACCUCGCCAGUGAGCCGUUCAAGUGCCGGGCAGACGAGCUUCUGCUGCUGGAAGAGAUGGAGUCCGUCGAGGCUGUCCACCGCAAUCGACCUGACACAGGGAAACACCGCGUCGGGCCCCUUGACCUGCGCCACUGGCUGGUCGCUCGGCGCAUCCUCCGCUCCCUCGUCUGCAUCUCGUCGCUCCCCGGGUUGCACCGUCUGGAUGGCCUUGAGCGUCUCGGUGUGGUUGACCAGCUGCAGCGACACAAAGGCGAACAGCCGCGCCCGGCCGAUCUCCUCGACCUCCCCCUUCGUGGGCAGCAGGAUGAUGGCGUGCUGCUGCUGCUCGAACGUCACCAGGCUGCCGCCCGGACCCCGGCAGCUGAGGCCGUGGUUGGGGCGGUGCCAGUUGAUGACCCGGAUCAGCGAAUAGAUGGCCCAGUAGAAGGCCCGGCAGACACAGCUCAUCGCCAGGCGCUCCUUGACGGACUGAUACGAUGACACGUUGAGCCAGAUGAGCCCAUCCAGAAGGCUCGUGAGGCUCCUCGGCGCGGUGCGGCUGGAUGAGUCAUCACUCUGGGCUGGGGCGGCAGUGCGCGGGGCUUUGGCUGGCGGGCCGUCCAUCGCUCUCAAC